AUGUCUCUGGACGAUAUUGGUAUUGAUUAUACCACGAACGUGUUGACCACGUCCGGGCCGCCUACUAUGGCAAAAGCAAAGGAAUCCCCGACGCUGCUCAAGUUCGAGCCUGGCUCCAUGGUGUGGAAAGCAUGGCGUUCCCGUUAUAACAAUUAUGUUAAGAUACAGGAACUCACCACGGAGGACGAUCAAAAGCGGCUGCUGUUGGACUCACUAGGAGUGGAAGCACAUGAGAUGUUGUUUGCCAUGUGUCUUCCUCAAGAUCCCGCAGAGCUAAAGCUGGAUGAAGUCAUUGCCCAUCUCGAGCAUGCAUACGUAAAGAAGACACUGCAGUCAACAGAAUGGGCGAAGCAGGAAGUUGGUGAAACCCUUUUGGAUUUCGCCAAUAAGCUGCGGAGGAAGGCGGUGUUGUGUUCGUUUCCGGCGGACGCGUUGGAGGGGAACAUGCGCGCGGCCUUCCUAAACGGAGUCCAAAAUGAAGCGACGCAGCGCCAUUUGCGAACCAAGGAAAUCGAUGUUCUGGCGAAAGCACUGGAUAUCGCAGAGCAGUAUGAGCUGGCGCAGCUGAAGCGGACAGCUACUACUACUGAAGUGGCGAGGAUCGACGGCGGCCAGAAGGGACGUUCGGGGCCACAUCCGAAGGGACGUAACGGUGGUACUCGACCUGGGCGUGGUGACGGCAACAGUGGCAAGAUGGCUGGCAGCAGCGGCGCAUGCUACGCGUGUGGCGGGAAAGGGCAUGUGAAGGCCGAUUGCUGGGCGAAGGAAGCGACGUGCAGAAAGCGCGGCAAGAAAGGCGGCGGCGGCCGUCGGACGUGGACAGUGCAGGAAGACUUUGACGUCCUGGCUAUCGGUGAUGAAGUGGGUGGAUCGAUUCGGGUACCGAUCACCUUGAAUGAUGCUCGUGUAUCCAUGCUGCUGGAUACAGGAUCCGGUGUGACGAUCAUCACGGCGAGCACGUGGAGACAGAUCGGCUCGCCGAAGCUGACGCCUUACGCCACACCACUACGAAGUUUCACGGGCCAUCCGAUCCAGGUAAUCGGAAGUGCAACGAUGCCUGUGGUAUAUGGACGGACAAGGAAGUCACUGCCCGUCCUCGUAGUGGCCCGUGGAGGCGACGUGCUGGGGCGUGACUGGAUCAAAGCGCUAGAUCUCAGUCACCUAAGUCUGAAAGAGCUGCAAGUGUCUACGGUGUCAAAGGUCACCGCCCGCGCAUCUGUCCAGAGCAUUUUGGAUCGCCACAGCAGCGUAUUUCGCGAUGAACUUGGGCACUGCAAGGAAUUUAAGGCUCACCUCUACCUAAAGGAAGGUGCGAAGCCGGUCUUUUGUAAGCCACGAACGGUCCCGUUCGCCUAUCGGGACGCAGUGGAAAAAGAUCUGGACCGCUUGGUGGAAAGAGGGAUACUCACGCCUGUGGAGCAUGCGGAAUGGGCUGCACCUAUCGUUGGAACACAGAAGCGAGCAGGAGACAUCCGCACGUGUGCUGACCUGAGCACAGGAUUGAAUGACUCGCUCGACGUGCAAACCUAUCCGCUGCCUACUCCCGACGAGUUGUUUGCUAAGUUGAACGGGGGUGACAAGUUCAGCAGCCUGGAUCUGGCGGAAGCGUAUGCGCAAAUAGAGCUGGACGAAGAAAGUAAGAAGCUGGUUGUCAUCAACACGCAUAAAGGCCUGUUCAGAUACAACCGUCUGACGUUUGGAGUCGCAAGCGGACCGAGCAUUUUCCAGCAGAUUAUUGAGCGCAUACUGCAAGGCUGCGAGGGCGUGGCGGUGUACAUUGACGACAUUAUCGUCACGGGCAAGACGGACGAAGAACACCAGCGGAACUUGGAAGCGGUGUUAGAACGGCUGGAGAAGUACGGACUGCGAGUGAAACUGUCGAAGUGCAGAUUCAUGCAGGAAUCGGUCGAAUAUCUGGGUUUUGUGGUGGACCGCCGCGGGCGACACAUUUCCCAGGAUCGCGUGAAAGCACUGGUGGAUAUGAAAAUGCCCACCAACGUCAGUGAGUUACGUGCAUACCUGGGCAUGGUAAAUCAUUACGCCAAGUUCGUACCGAACCUAUCCGCAAAGUGCAGUCCGUUUCACCGCCUAUUAAAGUCCGGUGCACCAUGGGAAUGGACGACGGAGUGUGCAAAGCAGUUUCAGGCACUCAAGGAAGAAAUUGUCCACGCAACGUUCCUGGUGCAUUUCAAUCCCGCAAUGCCGUUGGUGUUGGCAGCGGAUGCGUCGCAGUAUGGCGUGGGCGCGGUUCUGUGUCACCGUUUUCCCGACGGAACGGAAAGGCCGAUUGCGCACGCGUCCAAGAGCCUGUCAGCGGCGGAAAAGAAUUACGGACAAAUUGAAAAAGAGGCACUCGCGCUCGUCAACGGCUGUAAGAAAUUCCAUCAGUACGUGGCCGGCAGGGAGUUUACGCUGUUAACGGAUCACAAGCCGUUAUUGAGCGUCUUCGGCAAGCGGAAAGAUGUCCCAGUGGUCACGGCCAAUCGUCUCCAGCGGUGGGCGUUGUUGCUCAUGGGAUACAGCUUUUCCAUAGAGUACCGCCGCACCGAGGAGUUUGGUCAAGCAGAUGGUCUCAGCCGACUGCCGCUCCACUCCACACAGUUGGAGAAAUACCCAAACCUGGGGAUGGACAACGUAGUGAGCGCGCUGCAUGUGGAAAGUGCGGAAAAUAUACCCGUGCCCGUGGAAGACAUCGCAAGGGAAACGGCUGCCGAUGCGGAGCUCCAGGAAGUUCGCCAGUGCAUCAGUCGCGGCUGGCCGGAGUCCGUAAGCGAUCGAAUGCGGCCGUACAAGAAGGUGCAGCGCGAGCUCAGUGUGCUGAAUGGCUGUGUGUGCUGGGGGUCGCGCACGGUUAUUCCUGAGAAGUAUCGUCCCAGGAUACUGAAGCACCUGCACGCAGCACACAUGGGCGCCGGAAAAAUGAAAGGUGAGGCGCGAGGCUACUGUUGGUGGCCAUCGAUGGACAGGGAGAUUGAGCAGGUCGCCAAGGACUGCCGAAUAUGCACCGAGCGCGCGGGUGAGACAGCGAAAGUUCCGCUAGCGCAGUGGCCGGUGCCUGAUGCUCCCUGGAAGCGUGUCCACAUGGACUUUGCCGGUCCAUAUCGAGGCACGAUGUUGCUCGUGGUGGUGGACGCAAUGUCCAAAUGGCCGGAAGUGGUGCAAAUGAAGCACGCAACAACGGAAGGAGUGAUGGAGGCGCUGCUCACGAUGUUCAGCUGA